UUUAACAGAAAACUAUAUCAUAUUUCUUUCUUUAUUUCUCUCUAUCGGACACUUUUCGGUAUAAAGGCUUCUGUAUGUAAGACUCGUAUUCAGUUAUCUGCGUCUAGUCGGUUGAAACAGACACAAUGUCAGAAUUUGUCUUAACCACAGUUAAUGUGUUUGAUUAUUUUGAAAGAAUUCCCGAAAACUACACUCAAUUAAAGUGCAAGUCGUGCGGAUCAUAUAUUUCCUACUUUGGUUAUCGAGGUUUUAUAGCACAUUUACGUUCAGUCAAACAUUCAGAAUAUUUCAAAAAAACAGCAAAGAAAAACUUAAAAGAUAAACCGGAUAUAUAUUACGAUAGAGAAAAGCGUGUAUGUAUCGUUUGUAGAAGAACUGUUUUGCCUGAAGAAUUUGACAAUCACAUCCACAACUUACAUUUUCCAGAACAAGUGGCACAUUAUGAACCGAUCAGGACUAAAGAGGAACAUAUGACACGAAUUAGUGAGUUUAUGGUGAUAUGCGAACUGAACAAAUGUAAUAGAGAUAUAAAUCUUGAAAUAGCACCAGCAUUAAAGCUCCAUUUAAGCAAAAAGCAUUCGAACAUAUUAAAAAAUGUGCAAACGGGCGAAAUGCAUGGGCCAAGUAUGGUCACAAAUAAGAAAGAACUAUUGAACAAUUACACAUUACACAUGCCUUAUUUUCAAGCAAAAUGCAAGUUUUGCGACAAUUUUGUAGAAUAUUAUAUCAACAUUGCAAAGUUUCGUCAACAUUUAAUAGGACAUCAUCCCGAAGUUAGUCGAUACGAAGAUGUUCCUAGAAACAAGGAAUCCCCGUGGAUACAUUUCAUGUAUUAUUCCGAUACCAAUGUACGAUGUUAUCGCUGCGAUUAUUUGCAUACUGAGGUGAUGGAAGAAGAUUGGUUAAGAACACAUAUGGAUAUGUACCAUAAGGAAGACGAAAACUCACCUUAUUUUAACGAACACGUCAAUGAUUGGGCCUGGAAAUACUGUGACACCAUUGGAGAAUUUCAAGUGCAAUGUAAAAUUUGUUCCGUUGAAGAAGAACUUGAUAUUGAAGUUUCAAAAUUAAACGACCAUUUUGCAAAUACACAUCUGAACAAGCCACCAAGUAGAAAAAGAGAAUAUGAAAUAGCUGGACCGUCAGGAAGCCAAUCACAGGAGAAAAAAAGUAAAGAACAACGUAAGUGACAGUUCAUCGUAAGGUUAAUGAUGCUAACGGCGAUCAUGUAGCACGACAACCAGGCAUCACGACAAAAGGCAAUCUUGACUUUGGUAAUUAAAACAAUUUAUAAUAUGUACAAAAAAUAAUGUAUCUCUGACGUGUAAUAAUUCGUUUUACGUUUAUAAAAUUAUAAAUACGUUUAUAAAUUGACGUUUUAUAACAAAGAUGUAAUUUCAUUUUUGGAAUUUAUAAAAUAUAUUUGAUAUAUUUAAUAUAUUUAAUAUAUUUUGCUUAUAUGUAAUUUGUCUUAAAUUUAUUAACUAUGUUUAUAAUUUUAUAAAGUACCACAAUUUUAUAAACUAACAAUCGUCUCUUUGUUUCCGAGACAAAAUGUGUUAAGAUGUUAUUCAGUUUAAUUUUCAUUUCUUACAAUUCUCUGUGUAUCUUAGUCGUACAUGAAGUUUGAACAUUUAAUGCACUUUAGGUAAUUUAAGUUUACUAUGACU